CUUUUUCCUACUUGAAUUCCCUUCGCCCCUCGCCGCGAUAUGUGGACGUUUAGGAUCCCGCCUCCUCGACCGCAAGAGGACAUCGAAGAUGACGAGAUCGAGGCCGUCAUGGCUCAAUCAGCUGAACCGGAGCUUACAGAGAGAAACGGGCUCACACUCAAGUAAGGGAGAUCCCAUGGCCACAAGCACAGGCAACACACGCACAGGAAGCGUCGCGUCAUGUCGUUGGUGCGUGGGUGUGGGCAGGGAGAUGCGCAUGUGCACGCAGUUCCUCCGAGAGCCUCCCACACACGAGGUAGCGACAAGCAGCGCUCAGCCGGAGGAGGUCAGCCAACACAGGCAUCACUGUCCAACGACUGCAACUCCUGACGCUCCCCUGCCUGCUCUUCAGUUGUGCUCUAUUUGUCAGGAGGAUCUUCGUUCGGCCAGCACCACCUGCCUGCAGCGUGUGCAGAGGUGUGGACACCUGUUCCACAUCGAGUGCCUCCAUCAAUGGUGUGAGAACAACCACACGUGUCCGAACUGCAAGAGGAACCUGAGGAACGACGCCGUAAGACACACCACACAGAUGAGGCAUCUCUCAACUCGGGCAGAAUGUGUGUGUGUGUGUGUUUGUGUUUGUGUGUAUGGACUCUCCCUAUCUCAAGGAAACCGAGGAGAAUCAGUUGCGAAUGCAUUCAGGUGAGGCUGAGAAUGGCAACGUCGCCGUGUCGUCGAGCCGCCCGUCGGACCAGGAGCACCGCAGCCAUUCCUCGUCGAUGCUGGAGGUGGACAACCCCAUUUUCGAGGCCCUGCUCAACGCACAUUACAACGCACCCGGUCUCGCCAGACAACAACUGGUAUGAAACCCAGAGAGCACAAAACAGGCGCAACAGUCACUCAUGGCUGCCUGCCGUCUGUGGUCGAUCUUCGCGCCAAUAUCCGUGAUGUCUGUGUGCAGCCGUUUCACUCGUUGCGAAGCUCGUCAUCUCUCCGUAGAAGCAGACCCGCCCACUCACACUCGUCCCCCCCUGGCCCAUCACCCCACGACGGCCAUCUUGACGACCCCAUCAGCCACAUCAUGGAAGUCACCCAGUGCAGCAGACGGGAGGCACGGCAGGCACUCAUGGCAACGGGCGACGUCGAGGAAAGCAUCGUGAUGCUGCUGGCAGAAUCAGCGCAGUGAGUGACAGAGAGGAGGGGGAGAGGGGGAGGGGGUGGGUGUGAGUGUGGAUGUAUGGACAUGUGAAUCGCUGACCGUGUAUGCGUGUCUGCAUAAAGCAUGCAGGCAUGCAGCAUUUGUCCUGGUUGGGUGUUUGUGUGCUCCAUCCAUGCCUCUCUGUGUAUCAUUAGACCGACGAAUUGCG